ACGACUCAUGUUGCAUGUAUUCAGCUCGGAACAUGUAAAUGAAUGACGCUGGCUGGAUCAGCACAAGAACUAUGACAGCAUUCAACAGUAACUUUCCGGCUGCAGGUCAGAUGCGCACUGAAACUGUUCAAGUCAGCUGGCUUUGACUGAUAUACACGGAAGCCGUCUGUUAAUUCUGUUCGGUGUACCGCGGUGUCACGAGAAAACAAUCUCGGUAUCAGCGCAUUCUUCAAGAAAAUAACGGGAUAAGAGCAAGAAUGACGGAUAUAAUGAACAACCCAGAACAUAGUCGAGAAGACUUCACUGUGGGUGCUUCAGGAGAGCAAGGUGUUUCUUUUCAGAUUUUCCCAGAUACAAAGGAGCGUCCCCCCAAGCUGUCCAAACGCCUCCCCUCUAUCGUGGUGGAGCCCACUGAUGGAGAGGUGGAGAGCGGAGAGUUACGUUGGCCCCCGGAUGACCUGAGAACCACAGACCCCGCGAGCCAUACGCACACACCCUCCCAAGAGAUCACACAGAUGUCUGAUUCUCCAACCCAGAUAACACACAGCACGAGUGCAGACGAAGUCAAGUGCAGCGAUCUGGAAACAUCAGGGCCAGCUGAGCGUGACUGAAAUUUAAUAAAGAUAUUUUCACAAGUC